UCAUUCAUGCAUUGCACGCAUUUCCGCAUCUAUCUAAUUUUUUGGUUCCAACCAAUCUUCCCACCAUAGACAUUAGGCAACCACACCACGCAUGUGCUACAAGGUGCAAAUUAAAUUCCUACGUCAUACGUGAUUACCGCUCAUAAUGUGUAGCUAAUAGAACUAAUAUUAGGAGUAAAAUUGAAUUUCCGGUUCAUUUCGAAUCGUGCGGUGCAUCCGAGCUGUUGCAGCUGAUCGUGUUACAUUCCCGACACAAGUGUUGAUCCCCUGCUGGGAAAAUGUGGUGGCUUCUAUUGGUACCGUACCUCUUGGCCGGUGUCGUUGUGGUGUACUCGUAUAUCCAGUGGACCCGACGAAAAAUGUAUUCAAUGUUGGCCACCAUGUCCGGUCCCAAAACGCUGCCCGUGAUUGGACAUGCUCAUGAGUUCUACAAUGUCACGCCAGAGGGACUUGCUGAUACGCUACGGUAUUUCGGAAGCUUUCCAUCGCCGGUCUGCAUUCACAUGGGCCCGUUGCCUCACGUUGGCGUUUUCGACCCCGAAUCGGUGCAGGCGGUUCUCAACUCCCAGCACUGUCUGCAGAAAUCACACCAGUACUCAUUUCUUUGGAUUCCCCAUACGAUAAUUGCUUCACCAGUUCACAUGUGGAAAAGUCAGCGCAAAGCAUUGAACCCAUCAUUCGGGCCAUCAAUUCUUGGGAGCUUCGUUCCCAUAUUUAACAACAAAUGUAUUGUCCUGAUGAACAUUCUUCAGCAACAUGUUGGAAAGCCAGAAAGAGACUUUACUCGAGACAUUAUGAAAUGUACUCUGGAUCAAAUUUAUGAAACGGCUUUUGAGUGCGAAUUCAAUAUGCAGCAGUCACCGGAUGGAGAUAAAUCAAUGGACUUGUUUGAAAGCUUCAUGGCACUUUUAGCCGAGCGACUUUUCACCAUCUGGAUGUAUCCCGAUUUCAUCUAUCGUUGGACUAAAACGUACAGGGAUCAAAAGAAAUGUUUAUCGGCGUACUACAACACCGUAGUGGCAAAAAUAGAACGUCAUGUGGAUAUGGAUAAAAGAAUUAACGCUACAAGCAAUGCUUCAAAUUCUGAUAAACCUCCAAACUACAUUGAUUGUCUUUCAAAAUAUCUAAGAUCGCAAGGACCUACUCCCAGAGAAGAUAUUUUAGCCCAUUUAUGUCUCAUGGUUUUCGCAGGCAAUGAAACAACAGCAAAAACGGUCAAUGCCGCUUUGCUUCUUCUCGCCAUGCAUCCAGAGAUACAGGAGAGAUGUUACAAGGAAAUAGUAUCUGUCUGUCCUGGAGAAAACGAGUAUAUUUCUGCAGAAGAUGCGGCAAAGCUAACGUAUCUCGAAAUGGUAAUCAAGGAAUCGAUGAGACUGUUUCCCGUUGCUGCGAUAAUGGCACGAGUUACCAGCAGCGAUGUCAAGAUCAACGAUCAUCAAACUAUUCCCAAAGACACCAGAAUUAUAAUUGGCACAUUCCAAAUCCAUCGUGACCCAAAAAUCUGGGGACCGAACGCAGAACAAUUCGAUCCGGACCACUUCCUGCCGGAAAACGUCGCUGGACGACAUCCGUACUCGUUUAUUCCCUUCAGCGGAGGUCCACGCAAUUGUAUGGGGAUUCGCUACGCGUGGCUGUCCAUGAAAAUUAUGCUUGCAUUUGUUUUGCGACAAUACCGUUUGAGUACUUCUGUUAAAUACGACGAGCUGAGGGUGGCAUACGGAGUGCUAUUAUCUAUCUCAAACGGAUGCCCACUGACGAUUGAAAAGAGGGCGGACAUCAGUAGCAGAAUGUUGGUCUCUUUGCUAACAUUGUUCGUAUGUCUCCUUAUCCUAGCCCUUGUGAUAGUAAAUUUCCUGAACACAUUGCACACCAAGUACGCUUUCGCGAAGAAUCUUCCCAGUGUCACACGAACGGACGAAUCAGUGCUAAAACUCUUAUGGCGACUGGUGUGUACUUCGGAUGUGGGCAAGUUCAACCGGGUAGUGGAGGCUUUCUCCCUGCCGUAUCGUUUGUGGAAAGUGUGGCUCGGGCCGGUAGUGUGCCUUGGCGUUUGCCAUCCUGAUUUGGUGCAGAUCGUGCUAACGCACCCGGAUUGUCUGGAGAAGCCGUUUUUCUAUCGGUUCAUACGCAUCAAUCGAGGACUGUUGGUGGCAGAAGCGGACUUAUGGAAACGGCUUAGGAAAACAUUGAAUUCGGCAUUCAAUUUGAGAAUACUCCACGGUUUUAUUCCGAUCUUCGAAACGUGCUGCCAAAGGAUGAUCGACGAUUUGCAGCGGAUCCCGGAGGGCGAAACCUUUGAUGUGAUGCCUUACACGGCCCGCUGCACCCUGGAGAUGGUAUUCGAAACGAGCUUGGGGACCGGCUGCUUGCCGCCGACUGAGAGUGAUUGCCUCAUUCGGCAUAUCAAAAGAUUUUUCAAUAUUGCUUCAAAUCGGUUCCUAAACGUUCAUUUGCAUUAUGAGUCUGUUUUUAAAUUAACACAGAGAUCCAAAAAGGAAGCAGAAUCUUUGGAGUACUGCAACACCGUUGCUAGUCAGCUGUUAGCUGAAAAGAGACUAAAAAUGAGUCAGUCUAAAACUACGGAUGACGAGUAUGAAAAACCUCGGAUUUUUGUGGACCAAUUGCUGAGGUUGGGUAACUCAUUCAGUGAAACGGACAUCAUUCACAACAUUUUCACAAUGAUUAUUGCGGGUAACGACACAUCUGGUCAGCUAAUGGCCUACGCCUGUUUGUUCCUCGGGAUGUAUCCCGAUCACCAGCAAAAAGUUUAUACCGAAAUAAACGAUCUCAUCCCGCGCCAUCACAGCGAACCCAUCUCGCCGGACAAACUCAAAUGCCUCACCUACACAGAUAUGUUCCUGAACGAGUGUCUGCGCUUGUGCCCGACCGCUCCGAACAUCCUGCGCCAAAACAUGGCUCCAAUAGUGCUGGAUCAAACGAACAUUCCAGCGGGAAACAUCCUGGCAAUAUCGAUCUUCGCCUACCACCGUCGCAAGGACAUUUGGGGCCCGGAUGCGGACCAGUUCGAUCCGAAUCGAUUCUCGGCGGAACGGUCCGUCGGGAGGCAUCCCUAUGCGUUUCUACCGUUUAGUGGAGGUUCGCGGAAUUGCAUCGGAUGGCGCUACGCUAUGAUAAGCAUGAAGCUGAUGUUGGUGUAUCUGCUACGGGAAUUUGAAGUCAAGACCGACAUUCGGUACGAAGACAUGACAUUUAGGUUCAAUGCGGCGUUGGUCCUGGCUGGUAAGCACUUGGUGAGAUUAGAAAGGAGGAUGUAAAUGGUUUGAAAGUAAAAAAGAUAAAAUGAAGUAAAAUCAUAACUCUC